AUGGCUCAAUACGGCGAGAAGAACCAUACCGACAAGGAGAUCGUCGAGCCUCACAAUGGCUACGGUUCCGAGACUGUCGACGAGGAGGUGGGAGUCGUCAACAAGUCGGGCUCCCUCAACCGCGACCUGAAAUCGAGACACAUGCAAAUGAUCGCCAUCGGUGGUGCUAUUGGUGCUGGUCUCUUUGUCGGUUCCGGAAGUGCCCUUCACACAGGUGGCCCUGCGUCGCUCGUCAUCUGCUAUUCAAUCAUCGGCGUCAUGCUCCUGUUCACAUGUCAGGCUUUGGCUGAAUUGGCUGUCCUCUACCCUGUCAACGGCGCCUUCUACACUUACGUCGUCCGCUUUAUCGAUCCAUCAUGGGGUUUCGCCAUGGGCUGGGACUACGCCAUCUCGUGGUUGACUAUCCUGCCCUUCGAGCUUGUCGCUGCGUCCAUUACAAUCAGCUACUGGCGUGACGACCUCAACAUGGGAAUUUGGGUUGCCGUGUUCCUCGUUGUCCUGUCCUGCAUCCAGGUAUUCGGCGUUCGAGGCUACGGUGAGGUCGAGUUCGUUCUCAGCAUGAUCAAGAUCGCAGCUUGCACUGGCUUCAUUAUCCUUGGAAUCGUCAUCAACUGCGGAGGCGUCGGAAACCAAGGCUACCUCGGAGCCAAGUUCUGGCAUGACCCUGGCGCAUUCCAGAACGGAUUUAAUGGAUUCUGCUCUGUGUUUGUCGUUGCCGCCUUCGCGUUCGGUGGCACUGAGCUUGUCGGUCUUGCGGCUGCCGAAUCUGCCAACCCCAGGAAGGCCAUCCCUCUCGCCACAAAGCAGGUUUUCUGGCGUAUCUUCUUCUUCUAUGUCGUCAAUCUGUUCAUUGUCGGCCUGAUCAUCCCCUCCAACGACGAACGUCUUCUGGGUUCUUCUGGUGCCAACACCAAGGCAUCGCCCUUCGUGCUUGCCAUCGAGGAUGCUGGUAUCAAAGUUCUUCCAUCCAUCUUCAACGCUGUUAUCACCCUGGCCGUCAUUUCCGUCGCCAAUUCUUGCACCUUUGGCUCUACCAGGACGAUGCAAGCCAUGGCUGAGCAAGGCAUGGCCCCCAAAUUCCUGUCAUAUGUCGACAAGUCCGGACGUCCUAUCUGGUGCAUCGUGGUCCAGCUCUGCUUUGGUCUGCUGGCGUUCAUCGGAGAGGCAUCGUCGCAGAGCACCAUCUUCACCUGGCUGCUAUCGCUCUCUGGUCUGUCCUACUUCUUUGUGUGGGGAACCAUCUGCUUGACACACAUCCGUUUCCGCAGCGCAUGGAAGAAGCAAGGCUACAGCUUGGAUCUGAUCCCGUACAAGCCGACACUGGGUGUCUAUGGAAGCUGGAUCGGCGCUAUUCUGUGCGGGCUGUGCUUGAUUGCCACGUUCUACAGCUCCCUCUACCCAUCUCCAGAUGCUACGCCCGAUGCAAUGUACUUCUUCCAACAGUACCUGGCCGCUCCAGUGGUUAUUGCGUUGUACCUCUUCUGGAAGAUUUACUCAAGAGACUGGCGUAUGUUGGUGCCCAUCCACGAGAUCGAUCUCAUGGCUGGUGCCCGUCUGCACAGUGUUGAGGAAACCGACGCCGAUGAUGAACUCAAGAAGCAAUCAUGGUUCAAGCGCAUUGCCCGCGGUCUGUUCUAG